AUGGCUACCCCCAGUGUCCUAGCUUUUGACGCCGAGGGUAGGGCCAUUGACUUCGAGGUCUGGGUAGAUGAUCUACAGCUGUUCUUACAGUGCGAUAGGGCAGGCGGUCUCUCUCUCUUUGACCUCACCUCUGGCGCGUCCCCUGCCCCUGCUGCUGAUGCUAACGCCACUGUUUGUUCCCAGUGGGCCACGCGCGACGCUGCUGCACGUCUUGCUGUGCGUCGCCACCUCCCUAUCUCUGAGCUUGCACACUUUAGUCAGUACAAGAGUGCGCAGACCUUGUACGACGCUGUAGUUGCACGCUACUCCUCCCCUGCCACUGCUGCACUGAGCCGUCUCAUGCUGCCGUACCUCUUCCCUGACCUCGCUGCCUUUCCCACAGUCGCUGAUCUCAUUACGCACCUCCGCACUAGUGACACUCGCUACCGCGCUGCGCUUCCUGCUGACUUCUGCGCCAAGAACCCCCCCCGCCCAUCUGUGUGCCCCACCACCCUCACCAUUGACCUCCUCGAGAAGGCCCUCCUAGCGGCGGAAAAGAGCAUAGUCGCUGUAGGAGCUUCUCGUUGUGACCCCCGCAACCUUGUUUUUGAGGGGUGUUCUCCCUCCCCCCUCUUGCCCUCUGUCGCUUCUGCUGCUGCUGUCGACCUCGUUGGUCUCGAGUCGGUAGGCGCUGCGUCUGCCCCUUCGGGGAAGCGCCGCAAAGGCAGGGGCAAGGGGGGCAAGGGCACUGGAGGAGCUGGUGGGGACGGUGGAGGUGGCGGUGGAGGCGGCGGAGGGAGUGGGGGUGGUGGAGGGAGCGGUGGAGGGGGUGGGGGUACCGGUGGCGGCAGUGGGGGCGGAGGCGGCGGCGGUGGCGGAGGGAGCGGAGGAGGCGGCGGUAGCGGAGGCGGCGGUGGUGGUGGAGGCGACGGUGGUGGCGGAGGCGGCGGAGGGGGCGAAGGUGGAGGUGGAGCUGAUCGCGGGUCUACGCAGAGGAGUGGCUCCGGUGGUGGUCCGCGCCAGCAACAGCAGCAGCGUGGUUGUGAAACCCUGUCCCCUCAGCAGCUCCGUGAGUGGUACACUGCACGCCAGCGGGGUAGGGGUUUUGGUCCGUGCACCUACGUCCUGCGCACCGGCGACCGUGCGGGUGAGCAGUGUGGGGGUGCGCACCCCACCCAGCGCUGCUUUCGCCGCCUGACGGACGCGUGGCGUCACCAGUUCCCUGAGGCCACAGAGAUCCCUCGCUAG